AUGAACGGGUCAAAUUCAACAGAUGACUAUCUUCCAUCGUUAGGAUUUUUCAUUGCAAUGAUUAUCUUUGCAAGUCUGUGCAUCAUUAUUGGAAUCAUUGGAAAUAUCGGAGUAAUUGCUUAUAACAUCUUCAUGAAUCACUCGAAAACUCCAACAACAUAUUUCGUGGUAAAUUUAGCAAUUUCCGAUAUCAUUGUCUGCCUCACUUUGUUUCCUCCAUG